CCUGUUCCGGGAUCCCGCCCGCUCCGCCGCCGCCGCCGCUGCUAGGGAGGAGCCGCGCGGGCCGAGGGCGGAGGCAGCCCGCGGAGGGGCGCUUGGCCGCUGCGCGGAGGCAUCGCCGCCGCCCCCCUCUCGGCGGAGCCGGCGGGCGGCGCGGGCUGCCCCGCGGCGGGAGGACCAUGAGCCGCGCGGUGCUGGCCUGGCUGGUGCUCUGCGGGGGCCUGGCGGCGCCGCGCCGCGCCCGAGGGGAUGUGUGUGACUCCAAUCCAUGUGAAAAUGGUGGCAUCUGUCUGUCAGGGUUAAAUGAUGACUUCUAUUCGUGCGAGUGUCCCGAAGGCUUCACAGACCCCAAUUGUUCUAGUGUUGUGGAGGUUGCCUCAGAUGAAGAGGAACCAACUUCAGCAGGACCCUGCCUUCCUAAUCCAUGUCACAAUGGUGGGAUGUGUGAAAUUAGUGAAGCAUAUCGAGGUGACACAUUCAUAGGAUAUAUUUGCAAAUGUCCAGAGGGAUUUAAUGGGAUUCACUGCCAGCACAAUGUAAAUGAAUGUGAAGCUGAACCUUGCAAGAAUGGUGGAAUUUGUACAGAUCUUGUUGCCAACUAUUCCUGUGAAUGUCCAGGUGAAUUUAUGGGAAGAAACUGCCAACACAGAUGCUCUGGCCCUCUAGGAAUAGAAGGAGGAAUUGUGUCAAACCAACAAAUUACUGCGUCAUCCACUCAUCGAGCUCUUUUUGGACUCCAGAAAUGGUAUCCAUACUAUGCACGACUUAAUAAGAAGGGUCUUGUAAAUGCUUGGACUGCUGCAGAAAAUGACAGAUGGCCAUGGAUUCAGAUAAACCUACAGAGGAAGAUGAGAGUUACUGGAGUAAUAACCCAAGGUGCCAAGAGAAUUGGAAGUCCAGAAUAUAUAAAAUCUUACAAAAUUGCGUAUAGUAAUGAUGGGAAGUCAUGGUCAAUGUACAAAGUAAAAGGCACAAAUGAAGAUAUGGUGUUCCGAGGAAACGUAGACAACAACACUCCGUAUGCCAACUCCUUCACACCACCAAUAAAGUCACAGUACAUACGGCUGUAUCCGCAGGUUUGCAGAAGGCACUGUACGUUGAGAAUGGAGCUUCUUGGCUGUGAGUUAUCAGGUUGCUCGGAACCCCUGGGGAUGAAAUCGGGACAUAUACAGGACUUUCAGAUUACUGCCUCCAGUGUUUUCCGAACGCUCAACAUGGACAUGUUUACUUGGGAACCUAGGAAAGCCCGGCUCGACAAGCAAGGCAAAGUUAAUGCCUGGACCUCUGGCCACAAUGACCAAUCACAGUGGUUGCAGGUUGACCUGCUUGUCCCUACAAAAGUCACUGGCAUAAUUACUCAAGGAGCUAAAGAUUUUGGUCACGUCCAGUUUGUGGGGUCCUACAAGCUUGCUUACAGUAAUGAUGGGGAGCACUGGAUCAUAUACCAGGAUGAAAAACAGAAGAAGGAUAAGGUGUUCCAGGGAAAUUUUGACAAUGACACACACCGAAAGAACGUCAUUGACCCUCCAAUCUACGCUCGGCACAUAAGGAUCCUCCCAUGGUCGUGGUAUGGCAGGAUCACCUUACGGUCAGAGCUUUUGGGCUGUACAGAGGAGGACUGACAUGGAUCUUCGUUAGGCAUCGCAACUCUCUAUAUCCCUAGAAGUCUCUCCAUAGAAGAAACUGUGCAAAACGUGUAGGAAGCUGAAUGGUUUUUCAUGAACAAGUGCUCACUUUAUGGUAGGCAGCUAACUGUCUUUUGCGAAGAGGUCUAAGCCUGCCCUUUAAAUGAUCCAAUCCAAUUUUGUCCUUUAAAUCUGUUACAGUGUUGUCCCUUUACUGUGGAAUUAUCUUAUUUAUUAUAGUUUUCUUUCAAGUUGUUCACACUGGUUGAAAUGUGUUAGGGAAAAACAGCAGCAUCCUUUUUACAAGGAAAGAGAAAUAGCAUGACAAAGCUCAUUUACAGCUUUAGUAACACAGGGCCGACAAGUUCUCCAUAAAUCAUACUGUCAUCUUACUUGCAAAAAGUGAUACUGCAGCUUUUAGCAAUAAGUUUUCUCUGGGAUGACUGCAUUAUAGUAAUUGUUUCCCUUGUGCCUAUCAAACACUGUCAGUAUGACAUAUAUUUUGGAAGGUACUCUGUAGUACUAUAAAAAUACUGUACCUGUGAUAUUACAAGCUACUUUCAUUACAUUUGUCUAAACUGCAGAGUCCAUGCAACUAAGAGUUUUCCUAAGUAAUUCCACUUUCCUUCUCUAUUUUGCAUGCUGUGGACAUAAUCUCCAUUUUUUCUGUUUAGUAUCACUGUUACUUUCUUUGAAAGAGGUGACCUGUUUGCAUAUGGAACAAAAUCUGCUAUCAGUAUAUUAUGAAGUUAAUGAAUUUGUCAAAGUUUAUUAAUUCUGCUUGAGAUGCUUUUUUAUUUUUUUUUUCAGAGAGGCUGAGGUUAGACUCCAGGGUACUUGCGGUAUCUCAUCUUAAGUACUCACAUGGAUGCAGGCACACAGUGUAGCAUAAAUCUCAAGCCCGUUUUGUGCCUUGCCCAGGAGUGAGCUCACAACCCUAGAUGGAGCUGCCUGCCUGAUUACUUUGGUCAGAAGCCUCCUUCGUUUCUGCGAGGAGGAAGCUGUGGGAUGAAGGAAUUAGGUGCUAAAAGAUACAUGGAAGGAAUGACUCCCUUACUCCCAGGAGACCAUCCUGUUUGGCUCUUUUUGUAAUGCCUGUCACAGAGUUCCUCCCAAACCUGAAUGCAGCAGAGGUUGUAGGAGUCCAUAAAAGCUGGGCUCUUGGGAUGUGCUCCUGACCAUGUCUUUUCAGACGUACGUCUCUGAGCCAUGUGGAGGCUGAUUUUUAUCUUCUUAGCUACAGAAAUACUUCAUGUAUGCUACAUUUAACAAGACAGUAAGUCAGCUGUGAGCCAAUUCUAAGGUAUCAAAAGUAGGUUUAAAAGGAAAAAAAAUGCAGAACAGUAGGGGGGACAUGAAAUACAUCAGGGCUGUAGUAGUUAGCAAUCUCAUCGACGCUGCUGUGCAGUAGGCGGGAGCAGAAGGCAGUGGCCCCGGCUACCCCUUGCUGCAGUAUCGGGAAGUAAAACAGCUUCCAGGCUCACUGGCAGGUAACUCGCCCCCGAGCUGCUGCUCCUUGAAGCAGCCUCCAGGACGGUGCAGUUUAGAGGGUCUCGACUGUAAUGUGGGACUCAGGAAAGUUUGUUGCAGUCACAGUUCUGGGGCUUAGUUGUCAGGCAGUCUUGGGCAAGUCACUUCUUUGUGCCUUAGUGUCCCUGUGAGAAGGGGGAUGAUGAUACCCGGCUUUGUAAAGCACCUGGAGUUCCUGGGAGUAAGCGCUAUGUGAAUGCCAGGUUUUGUUACUGUAGCACCUGAAUCUUAAAAAUUCGUAGAGCAAGCACUUAGGGGCUGUUUUAUUUAUCUGAGGUAAUGGCAUGAAAUACUAUUAUUGUCACUAUUUUAAUUUCAUAACAUGCUUAUGUAGAUAUAGAGGGCUGCAUGUUUUAACAAAUGUUACUGAAUUUUUUUGUUGCCACCUGUUACGUUCCCACUGAAACUAAAAUACUGAACCUGGGCCCUGUUUCCCACAUAAACAAGCUGGCCCACAAUAUGCAAAGGGCAAAGUUUACUUUGGAAACAAAAUAGCUUGGAUUUCAAAACCUGCAUUUAAUCUCACAUUCUCCACCGUAGACGAAAUAUAGUCCAUGUUACUGUGAAAGACCCCAGAAUAGCAGCCAGGAAUUUUCCAAACAAGAAUUUGGGAAUGAUUUGUGGAGGUUUUCUGAUAGUGUCACUUAAAUUGUUGCAUUUUAAAACACAAAACAUCCUGCCUCUAUAAAAUGACUUAAUCCUUAAACUGUAUUUAUUUUAUAAGGCUUAGACAUUUAAAGACAUAAGACUUUUAAGGAAGAGUCUUAUAAAGGUAAAAGGUAAAAGUAUGUGUAAGAAAUGUUGAGGUCCUGUGCAACACUGCUAGGUUUGUUUUUUUUAUUUUUUAUUUUGUGCCGCAUAACAAAAGCCACUAGACUGUUACUGUCUUGUCUGUAACUGUGUUAACAGCAUUCCUUAAUGAUGUAUAUAUGAAGUGGUCUUCAAGCAUAGUGAGCAAUUUUAAAGGGAAAGUCAAUCAUGAUGGUAUUUUUGAAGAGCAAAAAAUUUCUGAAUAAUGGAGGACAGAUAUAUUCCUAAAUUAUUUACUGCCCAUGUUUUGCACUUUAGGCUCUUCCAAAAAAAAAAAAAAAAAGAAAAAGAAAAAAAAGAAAGAAAGAAAGGUAGUAAUAUUAAAUAUUAAUAUUUUUAGAGGAGCACAUAAUAUUUAAAGGGGUCCAAAACCAUUUUCCUGCUUUGGGAAAACAAUUGACUGUGAAUUUAAUUAAAGAUUUGAGUAAUUGCACAUAAGUAUUUAACUACUUGCCUGUGUACCCCAAAGAUGGAAGGCCAUUUUUGAAAAUUAAGCCCCCUAGUUCCACAAUUUAUUCUUAUGUUGUUUUCUAAUAUUUGUUCUGUGUUCCUAAGUGAUUUUUUUCAUGUUUAUUCAUCCUUUGCAACUCCAGUUUUGAUUUUUCUUAAUCUUUUGGUUUAGUAAUUUAGUUAUGUUACCUGUAGUCAAUGUAGAAUGUAGUCAUUUUAUUUUGUAAUAAUUUAGAGUUGAAUAUUUUCAUCUUUUUGUUCUUAGUCAGCUUUCAUUUGUCAGCAUUCUUCAGAAUCUGAAAACAAAGCUCCGUACAUUGUGGUGUGCUCUGUAAUGAUUUCUAAAGGAAUCAUGGAUACAUUGCCUUUACAUUUUUGGCUGAUGUGCUGGGGCUUCUUCUAAUGAUAUAAUUCAUUCCUUCGUUAACAAAAAGCUUUCUUUAGAUGGCAUUGUGCAGCCAUGGUACCAAAUUCUGCUUCUAGUGUCAGCUGUAUCAAUCUGAAAUAACUCUUGAUUUCUAUAGAAUUAUUUCAAAUUUAACACAACAGAUGAGAGUCAGAUGUCGCCUAUAGUUAAGAUUAUUUCCUUUAAUUUUAUUUUCCUCUUUGCCUGAAAAACAUUAAGUUACAAAUUCUAAACUAAAACUACUGUAUUCUCCUGAUGAAAGCAAGUGCCAUUCCAAACAUAGGAAGAGUUCUCCCUUUAAGAGAGGAUGGAAAAACAUCCUGAAAUAAUCGUCAAUUUUUGUGUUAAUUAUUACAAUGACAUUGAACAAGAGUGAAAAUGUUCUCCUAAUUAAAUUUCACCUUGAACCAGUUAAGUAUUUGUAGGCAGACUUCACCUUUCUAUAGCUCUAUAAUGUACUACUUUUAUAGCCUAAGAAAUAAAGCAAAGGCACAAGGCUUACUUUUAUCUGUGUUCUAUUAAGGGCUUACCACAUUAACUGGUUCUGAUUUUGAGGUUGACUUUCUCUUUUGGAAUGACUGCAUACAAAUUAAUGUGAGUUUUGAAGACUAAGGAUACUAAAUGAGUGUAUCUUUGCUAUACAACAAAUAUGAACUAUAAUAUUCAGUGCUGGCUUCUGAUGUGUCAGUAAGUACAGAAGUAUCUCAGACACAAUGACCUUUGCAACCUUUCAAGCUGUGUAAUAUUCAAAUGGUUUUGUAUAUACUUAAAUCAUGUAGAAUGAUGUAAAACCAGUAUGACCUUGUCUAGUCUUCAAACUUAACAAUAAAACUUUUGAAAAAUGA